UUAGUCAAGCAGCUCAACUCAAGCCAUUCAGUUGUAUCUUGUUUUCCAUCUCUCGGUGUCAACAUGAAAAGCGAUGAAAUAAUCGAGAAAAUACGCAAUAAACUAAAGGAUUCGGAUCCAAGCAAACGUACUGUAGUGAAUACGUUUCAGUUUAAUUUUACGGAUACCGAGGGACAACUUAUCAAGAGCAUGGUCUUCGAUUUCAAAGCUCUGGACAUCUAUGAGGGUAAAGCCCCCGAUGCCGAUGGAAGUGUUACUAUAGCUGAUGAAGAUUUUUAUUUGGUCGGCACCAAACAGACGACUUUCGAUAAGAUAUUGGAACAGGAGAAGGCCAAGGUUGACGGCGACACUGACGCCAUCAAUAAGAUGUUGGAGAAAUUUCGUUUGGCUUCGUAACAGCUUAAAUCAUAUAACAUCUUUCUACUUUGUCAAUGCUAUUGUAAUCGUAUAAUAAAA